AAGAUUGUAAACUCCACAAAGCAAUCUAUCGGACUUUGCUUGGCUGCGUUGUUCUCCGCCACCGACCCGGGUUGAUUUUGUCAUGGAGCAGGACAAUCUGUCAGUGGUGCUGCACUCUCAGGGAGACCUCAGACUGGAGAAGCGCCCUGUCCCGGAGCCAGGUCCUAAUGAGGUUUUGCUUCAGAUGCACUCAGUUGGCAUCUGCGGCUCCGAUGUCCACUACUGGCAGCACGGCCGCAUUGGUGACUUUGUGGUGAUGAAGCCAAUGGUGUUGGGGCAUGAAGCCUCAGGACGGGUGGUCAAGGUCGGCUCGGCGGUCAAACACCUUCAAGUUGGAGACAGAGUUGCUGUUGAGCCAGGUGUUCCCCGAGAGAUGGACGAGUUUUUCAAAAACGGGCGCUACAAUUUAUCUCCGACUAUCUUCUUCUGUGCCACGCCGCCCGAUGAUGGCAAUUUGUGCAGAUACUACACACACAGUGCCAACUUCUGUUACAAGUUGCCUGAUAAUGUGACAUUUGAGGAGGGUGCUCUGAUUGAACCUCUGUCAGUGGGCAUCCACGCCUGUCGCAGAGCCGACGUGACCCUGGGCAGCACUGUGCUCAUCUGUGGUGCAGGGCCAAUCGGAUUGGUCUGUCUGCUUGUGGCCAAGGCAAUGGGAGCUGUGCAAGUUGUCAUCACGGAUCUGUUCCCCGAGCGUCUGGCGAUGGCCAAGGAGUUGGGCGCAGACUUCCAACUGACUGUGAAGCGAGGGGACGGACCUCAGCAGUUGGCCACGAGGGUGGAGAACAUGCUGGGAGAUCAGCCGCACAUCACGAUUGAAUGUACUGGUGUCGAGAGCAGCAUCCAAGCUGCCAUUUAUGCGACCCGUUCAGGAGGUGUGGUGGUGCUGGUGGGUCUUGGAUCAGAAAUGGCCACCAUUCCUCUAAUCAACGCAGCCGUCAGAGAAGUUGACAUCAGAGGUGUCUUUCGCUACUGCAACACUUGGCCCAUGGCCAUCGCCAUGUUGGCAUCGGGCAAAGUGAAUGUGAAGCCUCUGGUGACUCACCGCUUCCCCCUAGAGCAGGCGGUCCAGGCGUUUGAGACCACACGUCAGGGUCUUGGGAUAAAGGUCAUGUUAAAGUGUGACCAGAAUGACCAAAAUCCCUAAAAUGAAGAUUGUAAAAGUUAAAUGGUGAUAUUAUGAUACAAUACUGAAAAUAAUACAAAAUUAUAAUACAAAUUGAUUUAUAAUACAUUGAUUGAUUGCUACACUGAUUUAUAAUACAAAUAGAUUUUUCCUACUGAUUUUAGAGCAGUUGUUAUGUUGUUCUAUUGUAUGACUUCAUCUGCAUUUCUUCGGUAACGCCAGAAGGGGGAACAAGAGAAUCACAUUCAAAACGGCAUCACCUCUGCCCAACACACACACACACACACACACACACACACUCACUAUGUCACUUAUCAUAUGGUACAAAAUAGAACGACAGACAUUGGAAAAGGUGGGGGAACUCAGACGCUAUCAACUGUUGGGAACAUGGUCGCAGCCAUCAAAAUAAAGUUCAUUGGUAUGAACAUUGAAUACACCGUCUCUGUAUUUAUUAUAAUCAGAAUCAGAAUCAUCUUUAUUUGCCAAGUAUGUCCAAAACUGCAUAUUAAAAAACUGCAUAUUAA